CGAGACUCAUACCUCAAUAUCCUCCUUGACUUGGAGAAGCCCUCUGAUGUCUUGGAGUGCCAGUCUUGUCAGAUUGGUGAAGGGAAAUUCCAUUGUUUGACAUGCAGCGGGGAUCAGACGUUGUGUCAUCCUUGCAUUGUCAAAACCCACCAGUGUUUGCCCUUUCACAAGGUUCAAGAGUGGACUGGAAAAUGCUUUGAAGACAAGUCGCUCGAAGAAUUGGGUAUUGUCUGGUAUAUGGGCCAUGGGGGGCAACUGUGUCCAUUUUCUGAAGACCCACAGGCAUGGGAGGAUGUGCCAUUGGAUGCAGAGGCUGGGUCUGUGCCAAUGGAGACAUUUUCCAGUUCAACUACAACAUCCACCCUGACCAUUGUACAUUCAACUGGAGUGUUUUUGCACAAUGUUGUUUGGUGUGGUUGCCCUGGGUCUAAGCAUCAGCAGCAUCUGCAGUUGCUGAAGGCCAGGUUAUUUCCUGCAAGCAUCACUCGACCUCGAACUGCCUUCACUUUUGAAGUCUUAGAUCAUUUUCUAAUUGAUGCACUGGAGUGCAAGACUUCAGCAUCAAGCUUCUUUGAGAAAAUUCGACGUAUGACCAAUCACUCAUUCCCGGGUACUGUUCCUAAUCGAUAUCGAGAACUCAUGAGGGUGUCGCGUCUAUGGAGAGACUUAAUGAGCCGAAAAUGCUUUGGAUUUGGCCAUGACACUAGGGAGAAACCUGGCAAGGGUGAUCUGGCUUGGUUUUGCCCCUCGUGUCCUCAGCCUGGCAUCAACAUACCUGAUAACUGGCAAGACAAUUGGCUCAUUUCGCAAAGAUUCGUUGUGGAUGGAAACUUUACCGCUCAACAUAUGACUAUGAAAAAGCCACAGUUAGACAUCAGUCUUUCAGAUGGUCUUGGUUAUAUGGUGAAAGAUAGAGAAUAUCAGACUCAUCUCUCAUUGGCUGUCGAAAGUAAGGAGCGCUCUUCUUGUAGCAAUCAUCGAGCAAUCAACACCGCAAAUAUCAGCAGGAGUAAUCUUCGAGCAACAGGGGUAGGAGCAACUGCCUGUGCCCGACAUGGAUGCUUUGUUCCACACAGCAUAGUUGAUUUUCAGAAGGGCAAAAGACACAUGAACAUUGACUAUUCAAUAUGCAAUGCUUUGAAUUAUCAUUCGGCUGGUAUAGACUCUUCUCUCAUUAUUUAUGAUGUGGGGUGUCAGUGGAGUAUUAAUUUUUUACAGAGAAUUUCCCCAACUGCUCGGUCAAUGAGUCAUGCUCAUCGCCAAGAAGUUCUUGAUGAUCAUAUGAGAGACUCAAACUGGAAAAAAAUAGUUGGAAUAAGUAAGCACUUCAAUCAUGUAUAUCAAAAACUGUGCUUGACACUUAAAAUUCUAGCAAAGACUCUCUUGACCAAGUAUAAACGUGCUCUCAAAGGCAUUGAUGAGACAAAAUCUCCUUUUGAUGAACUGGCCCGGUCUCUGAAUCCUGGGAAGAUUUUGAUGUGGGAAAUUGAUGAGAAAAAGGCUGUGGAAGAACGUGGGGAGUAUCUUGACAUCUACCAGUUGCAGAUCAACAAAGCCCCAACUAUGGCAGAGAUUCGGCUCAAAUUAACUGAGUCUGAGAAUGAUGAUGCCAGACAUCCAGGAACAGUAUCUUGGCUCAUCACUGGUAUCAAUCUGGAGGAUUUACAGGAUGCAUUGAGAGCAAAUAUACGACAACUUCCUAAUGAUGCAACCUCUGCUCAGAAAGCUUCUAUAGAAGAAAAGCGGCAGAGAUUGGCAGCCAGGAUUGCCAAAUUUCAUGAAACCGCCGAUGCUAUGACCGCUGGCAUGGAUCUUGAUAUUGGAACAGUGCCUUCUGACGAUCCUAGAUUCUGUCAUACAGAUAACGAUGGUAAUGAGUGGGUGGAGGUUUCAGAUGAAGAGAUCUCAGAGGAUAUAGAUGAAGAAAUCCUCACAGAAGAGAUGGGUAUCUGGAUGCCAUCUUCGGCAUCGCGAAACAAUAGAUUGAGUCUUGGGCUGGGCCCCCUCCAAGCUGAAGAGUUGGAGCUUCGAAAAGGCCAAGCCAAUGACUGCCUAGAAAACCUUCGUAUGGCUCUCGGUCACAAGGCCCUUAUUUAUUGUCAGUAUUUUCGAAGCGCAGAUUCUACAUGGGCUGGCACCAGGUCAAAGCAAGAAGCUCGUCGAUGUCAGCUCAAAAUUGACAAAUAUGUAAGAAGCUAUCAGAGGGCAAGGUCAGCAAUGCAACAUCUAGGCAUGGAAGAAGCUACCUUGGGCAAAAUAUUGCCCACUGAACUCAGUAUAGGCAAAGAGGUGACAGAAGAAAAUAGAUUUGGACAAGGGUCAGACAGACUGGCUUGGUUUUGGAGGGUGAAUAAUGCCAAUGAAGGUCAAGAAGAUGCUUGGAUGGAUGAAUUCUAUAGGGUCAACUGGUUGAAGGCAAAGGCUAGAUGGAGUAGAUGGCAGGAGGAGUUGAGUCUGGUAAGACAUGAAAUAGGUUGGACCAUAAACUGGUUCAAGUAUCACCAGAAAGAAUGGAACAGAAGGUGGCAGCAAGCGACUAGACCUGGUCAUCAAGCCUAUGUCUAUCAACAGGUCUUGAUGUGGGGAAGGUUUGCUCAGGAUGCUGAGAAGGCUUUCAAUGGGUGUGGAUUUGUACUUUGA